GCAUGACACAGACUGGAUCUGAUCUGAGCAGUACCAGUCCAGUUCUCCUCCUGUUGCUGCAAUGGGCUUCAGGGCCAUGCUGCUGUCCGUGCUCCUGCUGUCCCUCCACUUGUCCAGGGCGGCUGUCAUCACAGGGGCAUGUGAGCGGGACCUCCAGUGCGGGCUGGGUCUGUGCUGUGCCGUGAGUCUGUGGCUGAGGGGGCUCAGGAUGUGUGUCCCGAGAGGAGUGGAGGGUGACGAGUGCCACCCCUUCAGCCACAAGGUGCCCUAUCAUGGAAAACGACUGCACCACACCUGCCCCUGCCUCCCUCACCUGGUCUGUACAAGAUAUGCCGACAACAAAUACAAAUGCACCGAGGACUUCAAAAACCUAGACUUUUGAGAAAAGCUUCAUGGAAUCUCCUGAGGAAACCGUCUCACUGACAACAUGCCUCUAUGCACUAAAGUCUACUGUAUCAAAGAGCAAAAGUGCCACACAUUCAGACUAGACACUUUAUUUUUCUGUAAA